UAUAUGGUUCUACAGGGUACAGACUCCACCCACCAGAAGAAGCUCGUCGCACAUUAUCAUUUUAUCUAAAAAGAAGAGAAAUGCAAGCAGCUGCAAUGGCAGCCCACGCAAUCCUCACAGCCACUCCACCAACUCGUUACCCUCUUCUCUCCCCACUUCCCCCAAAUCAUUCCUCAUUCCAUGGCGUCUCCCUUAAGCUCCCGCGUCAAUCUUUUUCCUUCUCUCUGGCUGCCAAGAAGCAGCAACCUCCUUUUGUUGUUGCUGCUACCAAGAAAGCUGUUGCUGUCCUUAAAGGCACUUCCAGUGUUGAAGGCGUCGUCACUUUGUCCCAGGAAGACGAUGGUCCUACAACAGUGAGUGUUCGUAUUACUGGGCUUACCCCAGGGCCUCAUGGGUUCCACCUGCAUGAAUUUGGUGACACAACAAAUGGAUGCAUGUCAACAGGACCGCAUUUUAAUCCUAAAAAAUUGACACAUGGUGCUCCUGAGGAUGAAAUCCGUCAUGCGGGUGACCUGGGAAACAUAGUUGCUAAUGCCGAUGGAGUGGCAGAGGCAACAAUAGUGGAUAGCCAGAUACCACUGAGUGGUCCAAAUGCAGUGAUUGGAAGAGCACUUGUGGUCCAUGAGCUAGAAGAUGACCUUGGAAAGGGUGGGCAUGAACUAAGCUCAACCACUGGGAAUGCAGGCGGUAGAUUGGCAUGUGGAGUUGUUGGUUUGACUCCAAUAUAAUGGCAGCUGCUGUUCAAAUUCAGUCUGGUGUCACCAUUUGCUGCUUGCUUUCACCUCGUUCUCAUAUAGAGCCUAAUGUUAAUGUUAAUUUUCCCAUGUGUAACGUAAAAUUGUGACAGCAAGCAUCAAGUCAUGAUCUUAGACAGUUUUCCUACCUGAAUAAACCUUGGUGCAAUGCAUGCCUUGUCAAUGCCAGAAUUUGAUAUGUCAGCUGUUGAUUUCACCAAAUUUGGAUUGGUAAUUUCUUUAUAUUCCUCAAGAACUACAAAAUGUUUCUGUGA